UACAUCUUCGAACCGGGGACGGUUCAAAGGAUGGAGCUCUUCGUCCUCGCCGAGCUGGAUUGGAGGCUCCGGUCUCUUACACCUUUUGCGUUCAUCAAUCUUUUUGCUUGCAAGGCAGAUUCGUCAGGAAGAUGCACAAGAAGUCUGGUCUUGAGAGCAAGCCAAAUUACUAUCGAUGCAAUUCAUGAAGCCGAGUUCCUGAACCACUGCUCUGCAUUAAUGGCCGCCGCCGCCGUGCUGAGCGCAGUAACUGAGAUACCAGGCAUGUCAUGCGUGAGCAUCAACCCGGAGACAGCAGCUUCAUGGUGCCCUGGCCUGACUGAGGAAGGAAUUAGUAGUUGCUACCAGCUACUGCAGCAACUAGUACCAAUGAUCAAGACGACAAGGAGGAAGAUACUUCCAUCGGAGCUGCUGACGUCAAUGCCUUCAUCAGUAAGCUCGGCUUCACCAAGCAAAAGGCGCAAGAUUAAUGGCAGCUUCCGAGAGGAGUGACAACAAUCCAGUUCUUUGCUGCCCUCAGUGUUAAUCCCCCGGCAUUAUCUGUUACUAGAUGAGUCUGUUCCUCUUUUUUCCUCCGUUCGUUGCUGUUGUGCUUCAAGUCCUGAGCAGCUAAAAUAAAAUAUAUUUUUGUAGUUUAUUUAGCAAAAAAAAGGAAUAUUUAUAUUUGGACAUAAAUGUGGGGAGUACAGAAAGAAACCUGCUGUAUGAUGAAUUCAGGGGGGCCAUUAGGCCAGUCUCAAUGUAAGUUUCAUGGAGCGUUUCAUGACAUUAAAUAUCAUCACUUUUGCUGA